CCCGCCUGCUCCUCCUCCUCAGGCCCCGCCCACCGUCUUGUUACCAUGGUGACCGUUUGCUGCCUAGCUGAGCCCAGGCCUGGGCGCGUGCCGGGCGGGCACCAUGGAGGUCACGGGCAGCACCUACUUCGGGGACUAUGUGCAUGGCAGGAUUGAAGGGAAAGGCCGCUAUACUCUCCCAACUGAAACCAAAUAUAAUGGCACAAUGAAAGAUGGAAUGUUUCAUGGCAAAGGAACCUUGUAUUUUCCUAAUAGAAGCAAAUAUGAAGGAAUCUGGGACUGUGGAAUAUCAAAAGAGGGGAAAUACACCUUUGCAGAUGGUCUUGAAUUCAAAGAUAAAAAAUGGCAUUAUUGUGAUGGCUAUGACAGAAGAUUUUAUACAGAAAUCUGUACCGGCCUAAAACCAGCAGGUAUCUCUCAGCUUACAAAUUUAGAUCCUCCUAGAACGAUUCCACAAGGCUGUUAUGACUGUGGUGAUGGAUUCUAUAAUACUAAUACCAGAGUUGUCAUUGAUUACAAACUCAGGUUUUUGAGGAAUGCAGAUGAUGAUGAACAUGAAUGGAUCAUUCGCACCUGCCGGAAAGGCUGGGAUGAAAUAACUGGAUUUAAACCUAAACAGUGAACACAGCUUUAGCUUCUACCCUGAUUUUGGAAAACAACAUUUGAUUCAACCUUAAGUCUGAAUGUCUUUGUGGAUUUAGAUCAGCCCAUACCAUUAUGUGAUUGUAGUUUUAUAGCCUUUGUUAGCAUAAUAAAACUGGAACCAUCAUUUAAUCAA